AUGACUGCAGAUAUAUCAAUACCUAGCAAAAGACGCAAUAGACUGUUAAGAUCAGUGGUGGAUGCCCUUUACAGGUACAGACGGAGAAGGCAGGACAAUCAGCUCAAGGUAGCAGUUGCAUCACCUUUGACCGCCAUGAACGAUUCACAGUUGAUCGCCAACACAAAAUUAGAUAGCCAUAUCACAUCCUCUUGCACACAAAACAUCGACAUCAGCAGCAAUCAAAAGACAUUGACUUCUCGAUUGUCUAUCAAGAGCUUGACCAAGGCAAUCCAUGAUUCAGGUGUCAGAAUGAGCCGUUCAACUUCCUUGGCAUCUUGCAUCGAAAUUUUACCAAGUAGUGAUAUUCAAGAUCUGGAUCGCAUGGUGUCCCAACACUAUAUUCUUAGAACAGCCUUUGGCGCUGAUUUCUCUGCACCCAUUGUUCUAUCAGCAGAUCAAGAAAUGCCCAGUCAGCUAGUUGUUCUGGACAUUGGGUGUGGAUCAGGAACUUGGACCAUGGAAAUGGCAACGCAGUUCCCUCAUGCUCAUUUUAUUGGAAUCGACAAACAAGCUUCUUUUCCGCAUGAUGUCAAGCCAAAGAAUUGCCAUUUCAAGCUGUUUGAUAUCAAUCAGUCUAUGGUCAAGCUGCCUUUCCUGGACCAGUCUGUCGACUACGUAUUCCAAAGAGAUCUUAACUGUAAUCUAUCAGAGACAGCCUGGUUGCCCCUUGUGAAGGAGGUUUUUAGAGUUUUGAAGCCUGGAGGCUGGAUCGAGCUGGUGGAGCCGGAUAUUGAAACACACAGCGCCUCGUCAUAUGAAGACUUUUUGAUAAACAAAUUAAUUGAUGCCUUUUAUCAACGUCAACGAGAUCCUUUCGUCUCAAAAAGACUGUCUUCGUUUGUGGCUGUUGCUGGCUUUAGGAGAAUCCAAAGCGACUUUCAGUCUAUUUCUCUGGGAUGGGGAUAUCAAAAACAAUGCACUAAUACGCCUCAAUCGACCAAAAAGGAACAUCAAUCGCUACGAUGUUCUGAAUUUGCAAGAGCAGCAGCUAAUCAUCGUUUAGACUUAUUGAAAUCGUUACAGCCCUGGUUCACUCGAGAAAAUAACAUUAGUAAAACUAAGUAUGACAACUACAUCAGCCAAUUACCAGAUAAAUGGUACAAUGCGAAAUCUUAUACAAAUUGGCACCGAUCUACUGCACAAAAACCAUACAGUCAUGAUGCUGCUGUCCAUGCUAUUGCAAUUUAA